GAAUGAUCCAGCGGAUAUCUCGCAGUUACUUGUUGCCCUGAGAGUGCGCAAAACCACCCCCUGACUCCUGAGGAAGCGCGGAGAUGGAGGCGCUCCUUGCUCUCGUGUGUGCCGUCGUCUUGAUGACGGUGAUACCUGGGUGGGCAGCACCCCCACAGAGCAAGAAGCCAAGGGCAGGCCCGUCAUUGAAGAAGCCUGAGGAGUCUAAGCCUCUGCGACCACCAUUGAAGCGGCACCGGAUGAGGCCGAGGCAAAAGGCUGUGACAACCUUCGAGCCCGAGAGGCCGGGGAAAGGGGAGCUGUUCGACGAGUGCGAUGAGGUGCGCCACGCAGAGCUGCCCGCCGGAUUCCGGGCGUGCGUCGUUGCAACGGGGCUGCAGUAGGACAGCAAAGAGAGAGAGAGAGAGAGAGAUGGGUGGGUAUGAUGCGCCUGGCUGUCUAUAUGCUGCUGCUGCUGUUGCUGUUGUGUGUGUGUGUGUGCAGGCAGCCCCGUCAGCUGGUGGUGUCGAAUGAGACUGAUGACGCCAUUGUGCUGGUCGACAGGGUGGGGUGCAGCUUCUUGCUGCCAGGUGGGCUGGGUCGGGGUGUGGGGAGUAGUAGCGUCUGGGCAUAUUUCUCUGUCUUUCCUCUCUCUCUGUCUCUGUGUGUGUGUGCAGACCAAUGUGACGCCAUGUGCGGCCAAAGUAAGCAAGCCUCGGAGGAAGGAAUGGUCCGCUUGGACCUUCUCACUCACGACCCUUUGGUUGCUUCUUUUCCUCCUUGUGCAGGUGGCAAUGACAGUAUCAUCACAAUGAAGGACCUCAAUCGCAACGGGGUGUGUGAGUGAAUGAGUGAGUGCACCUCGACGGUCAGACUGUGUACUGUACCUCUCGUCCCUCUCUCUGUCCAGCUGAUCGACAAGAACGAGAGGUACGUCUUGUGGGAGGGCGACGAGUUGCGGCUCAGCCACGGUGAGCCAGGCAACACAAACACACACUCACACGCAUGGCUGGUCGCUCGACGCACACGCGCCAUCCAUAAGCUGUGCUGCUGUGUUGUGUGUAGGGCUUGCUGUCCACCGCGGCUACCUCUUCGCCAGCAAUGCGACACACGUCAUGAGGUGGGUGAGGUGACCUGGGCGCCUCCGCCAUUGUUCAGAAGGGGAUUUUUGCCAUCCCGUGUGUUGUGUGCGUGUGUGGUUGUGGUUGUGUGUGCAGGUGGCCUUACACGCCAGGCCAGACGUCUCCUCUGAACGAGAGCCAGCGUGUGGUGGUCAUGACCGGCAUGAACAUCGGGGGCUGCGGGGCUGCCGCCCUCGGACACCUCGUAAGUCGGUGUGAUGUGCAAACAGUGCACACUGCUUGCUGCGGAUUAUGAUCAUCAUUGCAAGCUGUGGUGUGUGUUGUGUGUUGUGUCUUCUUGUGGUGUGUGGUGUGUGGCAGACGAGGACUCUGAUCGUUGACGACCAGGACCGGCUGUAUGUCACCAUCGGGAGCUUCAGAGACUCGUGGCCAGGUAGGCUAUCUAUCGCCUUUCUAUGGACAAUAUGCCUACGUGUUGUGUUGGUGCUGUGUUUGUCAAGGUGAUGAGGACUCAUCCAGGGCGAGAAUACAAAGGUUGGUUGGCAAGAAUGAGUGAAUGGACCGAUGACACACCAGGGAGGGAGGCGGGAAUAUUUCUGUUGUUUGCUCUUUCAGGUUCGAGAACGUGACAGACCCGCUGGUCCUCCACACGUACAAGACACAGAACUGGACAGACGGGGAGGUCUUCGCGGUGAGUGAGCCCAUGCCUCUCAUCCAUCCAUCCAUCCAUCCAUCCACAGCCCUCCACUCCCUGCCACCCACCCACCACGUCUGCCUGUCUCUGUCUAUGUCUGGGUGGGGUGGGGCAGGACGGCACGCGCAACACAGUGGGGCUGGCCUUUGAUCCAAAAGGUGACACACACAUGAAUGACAGAGACACGAUGGAUGGAUGCCAUGAUGGCAUCAACAGUCGCAUGUGACUGACUGACUGACUGACCGAUCGCAGGCCGACUGUGGGGCGUCGACACGAAUGACGACUUCAUCACACACGAGGAGCUUGGCGGAGACGACGUCCGGGAAGGUACACACACACCCUCGCUGUCUCCACUGAUCUCCUCUCCCCUGCAGACAACCCCUCGGAGGAGCUGAAUCUCUUCACUGAGGAGCGAGCCGGCAGGUCCUUCGGCUACCCCCGCUGCUGGACAGAGGGACGACUCGGCCCCAAACACGCACGCGGCCGCGGCUCACAGUGGUCCGUCCCGGGCCGCAACGACACCUACAUCAAGGGCCAGGGCCGCAGCAACGACACCACACGCUUUCUCAAUGACACCUGGUGCCAGAACAUCUCCAACAACCAGCCGCCCGAGCUGCCGCUGCAGGCGCACGCCAGCCACAUCGGCAUUGCCUUCCUGGGCGGCAAGGGGAGCAGCGACAGGUGGCGGGAGAGGUGUGAGGAGACGGGGGAGAGUGCCAACGGCGGCUUUCCCUGUGAGUAUGGGGGCGAUGCCUUCCUGGCUGCCCAUGGGACCUACCAGGCCGAGGAUUGCCCGCCGUGCGACAGCCGGUCGCAGCUGGCGGGCUACCAAGUCAGUCGCGUGUUGAUGGACGAGGAUGGGAUGCCCACUGGGGAGGUGCUCAAGCUACUGGCUGAAGAAAGUAAGCCUUGCAUGAGGGCCAGAUACAAGCAACCACCCUGUGUGUGUGUGUAGCCGGGAGCAACGAUUGGGAUGUUCGGCCAGUCUCGACUGCCUUUGACAGCGAGGUCAGUCAGUCGUCGAAAGAUGAUACCACACCACACCAACCAUACGUCUCAAUUAGGUCUUCUCUUGUCUCUAUGUGUCAGGGCCGGAUGUUCGUGUCGGAUGACGGGACCGGCCAGAUACUCAUGGUGAGUCAGGAAAGGAGAGCAAAGGAGAGACACCCACCUGUUUGCCUUUGCCGCGUACAUACACCAACCAGGUGUACUACAGAGCGGCCCUCGCAGAGACCGCCAUCACCGAGUCCCCAUCCCCCCUGCCGCUUGUGGCCGGAUUCACACCCGCCCAGCCACCCAAGUGUGACCCCGCCAGAGCCGCAGAAGCCCCAUCAGGCCGGUCACCCCUCGCCAUGCACAAACACAUCAGCCAGUGCGCCUCAAGCUGCCUUGAGAGGGGGUCGUCGCAAAGAAGCACUGCUGGCUUUGACGGCGACGGCGGGGGCAUCGCGGACUUGUCGAUGGCGUCAGCUGCGAUCGACAAGAGCUGUGAGGGCUUCUCUGUGGACGUCAAUGGCACGUGUGCGGUGCAUCCCGACGAGGCAAUGCACAAAGCGCAGGGGAGCCCGCCGUGCACAAAACUGACGUACAGGAGGGCGGCGCCGCCCGAGGGCUACUUCGAGAAGGGCGUAGGCAGCUGCAGGGCCUUCUCGGCCUACCCCGCGCCCCUCAAAAGAGGCAAAAAAUUCUCCAUGUCCUACUCACGGCUGGUGCCCGCCGGUCCGAACGCCAAGACCAUCGACUUCGCCAACUGUGUCAAUGCGUGUGACGACUACGGGGGCAAGAGCAAGUGGUGUGUCGGGCUGGACUACGACUACGCCAACAGGUCCUCCUACCCCUGCCACCUGUACGUGGCGGCAACCAAGGGGAAACUGGUGUACGCGCCUGUGGACCACCGGCUGACGCAGCGGGCGUACCAACGGCCGGAUCGGUGGUGCCUCGGCCGCGACGUGCCGCGGGAGAUACUUGAGGAGGCCGAAGCGGCCAUGAAAAAGGUGAAGCUCACCACAACAGAAAAGCCGAAGCUUAAGAAGGCAGAAAGGAAAGGCCACAAGCAGACAAGAAGUAGUGUGUGAGCGCAGUUCAGUUCAGCUCAGUUCAGUUCAGUCAGGUGCGGUGGAUGCAUCCCAUCAUGGCCACGCCAUCCAUCGGUGCGUGUCGAUGGCAUGGCGAUGGAGAGAGACACGUGUAUGCGCUGUUGGAUUGCUGGACGGCUCGGCUCAUUGGACUAUGCUAUGUGGUGUGGUGUAUGUGAUGUGCGUCCCUAGGGUACAGCGAGCGGCGGCCGGGUGGUCGGUGGCGGCUUGCUGUGGGUGGUGGUCUUAGCAAUUCACACACUAUUCCACCGCCACCCUCCAUGACAGACAUGACUGACGUACGUGUGGUGUGCAGCGGGAGACCGAGGCAGUGCGUGUGUGUGUGUGUGUGUGUGUUCGUCCUGUCUGCCUGUCUGCCUGCCUGCCUCGCUCGCAGAGCCUUUUGCUAUGUCGAUGAGUGUGUGGCCGUCACUGUGGAUAGGGUAUGGUAGGGUUUGUGGCACUGAUGAAAGUCUUUGGUGUCCCUAUCUGUUUUGUCUGCAUGCCAUGUGUGCUGUGAGUGUGUCGUGUCGCCCGUCGUGUCACUCAUUGACGUCAUGAUACGAUGGAUGGACCGGCGGUGAUUUAAACUUAUCGCAUUCGUG